CUCUCUCUCUCUCUCUCUCCUCUAUGUUCAUUCAGAACUCAGUUGAUUAGGACAUCACAUGUCUGUCUUCGUCUCUGUCUCUCACUCAUUAACUCUCUCUCUACAUUGAGUCAUGUCCAGUCUCAGUUUUCUUUCUGUUUAUUUGAGCGGAGCCUUAAUGAUCCUGCUGCUGACGGCUGUGUCUCAGGCUCAGGACUAUGACUUCACUCCGGCUCCAGACUACGACUCCGACUACAACGCCACCUUCGAGUACAGUUUCUACAGUUCCUCAGGUGUUUCUCUCGACGUGUUCUCAGGCAACGGCAGCAGUGAGGACCUGGAGAAGUUCAGUGAACCGUUCAUCGACCUGGAGGAGGAGACCGUAACCACGACAACCACCACAGGAAGCACAGAGAGCGUCGACGUUCGUAACAGCACAUCACUUCCUGUUUCUCUAUCGUCGCCGUCGGGUGCGUUCGAUCCUGCACUGGUCCAACCGGAUCUGAGGUGGGAGGGGUCACCUCUGGCACCCGUGGGACCUGGUGGAGCUCAGCCAAUCACAGACCUUUAUCAGCACCUCCCUUCAGAACGUUUCUGAUAAAUAUGAAAACUUCAUCACGUUUUCACAGCUUAUCACUUUUUUAUUUGAGGCAGAACAGAUUUAAGUAUUAAUAUUCGUACAUAAUAUGAAUGAGCCUCCAUGUUUAGAUUUUCUGAGGAUAAAUAUCUAAUAAACGUGACGAGGAGACGAAGCAUCGACUAAAUGUGUUGAAG